UGACUGAGUCAAGCUCAGUUUUUACUUUGUGAGUGAGUUGCGAUGAGGCUCUCUGGGAAGCGUAGUCUGGUUUGAUGGCAUUCCAUUUAGAAAUAACCAUGUGUGCUCAACAGCUGGAACUUUCUUCACCAUUUGGAUUUAUAUAAAUAAAGUCAGCUGUGUAAGAUGUCCCUAAAGGCCAUGUCUGCUCCCCGGGCGUCUGUGUUUACUUUUGAGUCUACGGUGCAUUCCUCCCAUGUGCUGCGCUGCCUGGAUGACCAGCGUCGCCGGGACGUGUUGUGUGAUGUGACCGUGGUGGUGGAGGGUCAGAGCUUCAGGGCCCACCGCUCGGUGCUCGCCUCCUGCAGCGAGUACUUCACGCAGAGGAUCUCCUCCCUCACACAGCAUGGAGCUGUUAUCACUCUGCCACAGGAGGUGACAGCUGCUGGUUUUGAGCCCCUGCUGAAGUUUGCCUACACGUCCAAACUCCUCUUUGGCAAAGACAAUGUCUUAGAAAUGCGCACCUCAGCCUCCGUCCUCGGUUUCAGAGACCUGGACGAGGCGUGCUUUGAUUUCCUACUCCCUAAGUUCUUCUCCAGCACCAAGGGCCCUUGUCCUAGAAAGACCUGUUGCAAGAAGAAAUACAAGAGGCAGUUGUCAAAGACAGACAGCUGCACAGACUCUGAUGUCGUGUUGUUGGAUGAGAAAGAAGUAAAACCGGUUGAUGACUCAUCGUCUCAGCAGGAGGUGGUUUGGCCCUGCAGGAAAUCUGAGAGCAACAAACUAGGAAGUCAGAAUAGUGCAGCCACACUCGAUACUGCAGCCAAGGGAGCGAAUGAUGGUUUUAUGCAAUCUCCAAAGUAUCGCAAGUUCCAGCUGGCUUGUGGGAAGGAUGCUUGUGUUGUGGCGAAAAGUCUAGCAGCAGCAAUCAGGAAUGAGUGUGGCCUGUCCUGCUCACCUUGCUCCAGCGGCACGAACAGUAAAAAUGAAACUGAACAAACAAAUCCUGCCAAACUCAGGGACAACCGAGCUGAGGAGCGACGGAAAACUGAAAUACAUGACAAGAAAAGAGAUGUGGACAUCGGGGAGGAUGAGAAAGACACAAAUAAAAGAAAGGGGACAUUGGACGAUAUUAUGAAGAUGGAGGAAGAAAUGGAGCAUUUCGCUGGGAUCAGCUCUCCGGAUAGAUCCAGUGUCGAAGCUGUCUCCUCAGGGGAAAGCACAAGGCUGGGUGAAAGGUCACCAGGGUUAAUAUUGCACCAUUACCUGCCCAGGGCCUCAGCUGGGGGCCCUGUGAUGUCCAGGUCACAGGGGCAGCAGAGGUUAGUCAUGGACCUUAAAGACAACAAGAAAACAAGGGAGUCUUGUGAAGAAGAGCCAGUGUCCAUCUUUCAAAGGCCAGAGGAACAGGCAGAAGCUGAGGGGGAAAGGGGAAUCAUGGACAGAGCGACCCUGCCAGCGAACAGAGAGGGGAGCACCAUGGGGUCUGACGAGGGCUCGUCAGACCCUGACGCAGGAAGAUCUUCUAACACAGGGAGCGGACAGCUGCAGGCCACGUCUGUGAAUUGGCUGAAUAUUCACGCCAACCUCAGCUCCAGAAGCUCGGAUUGCCCCUUCCUCCAAGAUCUGGACCAAAGCAAAUGUUUAUGGAAGGGAGCGGGGGUGUCGGAGUGCACGUCUCACUCGGGUGUGUCAUCCCUGAACUCGGGGGAGGACUCAGAGACAGAAACGGAGGGAGACAGUGAGGCCUACACGAGAGAGAGGGCCAGACAGGUGCAGUUGCCUUUCUCUGUGGACUGGAUUGUGGAUCUGAGCAGAAAUGACUUCCAGCAGCUGCUGAAGCAACAAUCUUUCACGCAGGAGCAGCUCGAGUUUGUCCACGACAUGAGACGCCGCAGCAAGAACCGCCAGGCAGCUCAGCGCUGCCGCAAGAGGAAGCUGGAAUGCAUAUACAAUCUGCAGUGUGAGAUCAACAAGCUGAAAACAGAGAGGGAGAAGCUGAUCGUGGAGAAGAGCCAGCUGAGCCAGCUGAAGGUGACAACAGGUCACAGUGUGUCUGCACUGUGUCAGAGGGUCUGCAGCGAAGCCAACCUGCAGCCGGAGCAGCUCCAGGUGUUGGCUAAAUACAUGUCUCCAGACUGCCCUCUGACCUCCCUCUUCCCCCACAUAGACACUCUCCUCUCACAGUCCAGGUUGCCGCUCCCCUGACGUCUCUCUCGGGCUGCUCCUCGGGCCUUGACGAGCGCAUGGCGUCUGAGGAGGACCGGUGUAGCUCCGGCAGGGACACGAUCACAGGAGACGGAAUAAAUAUCCUGCACCAACACUGAGCGUCUACAUUAAACUCAUGGUUUCAUGGAGCUGGAGCUCUUACAUCAAGGUAUCAAACAGUAUCUGAUGACAUUACCGUGGACUGUGGACUGAGAAGUGGCUGCAGGAUAAAACAAUCGCGUUCUUAUGAUCAUAACAUGAUAAGAUGUGAGAUAGGUGCAUUUAUAACGACAAGACCACACAACUUAUAUUAAACUAACAUUACCAUGUUGACGUGGUGUCCAAAACCAUUUCCCUCUUGUCUUUAUUAAAGGUAGUUGUCUUUAAGUUUGAGAGAAGGACUUGGUCAUUGAGAUUUUGCGACACUUACACUCAGAACCCUGUGCUGGCACCUGAAUAGACCCUGCUUGUGCCUCGACUUGCUCUGUUUGUGCUCCAACUGUGCACUUGCUCUCAGAUAUUUUGUUGCUUGGACUGUCAGCGAGAAUCUCUCUGAUUCCUCCUCUGCUUUUGGAUUUUUACUUCUGUGUGAUUUUGUUUUGCGUCCAACAAGUCGGUCAAAAUUACCCGACCGAGAGAAUGCUACAGUAGGUGUAGUCAGUAACUCUAAGCACAAGCAGGGGCUAUUUGAGUGUGAGCGUAGGCUUCUGGGUGUAAGCAUUGCAAAAUCUGAAAGUUAAAUCAAUAAGCCUCUUUAUGCCCCAUCGGGAAAAUAAAACAUACUUUUCCACCAGUUGUGAAGCAUUGAUGACCUGCAGAGAAUGUUUCCAGGAUUUACAAAUGAAUCACCUGAACACAAUUCAGCUUGAUUUUCUGGUUAAAGCAGAAAUGUACCUGCUUAUAAGUGUAUGUUGAGAAUAAUGAAUAGUUUAAAUCACAGCUUUAUGAAUAUAAAUUUAAGUAGGAACAGUGGUUUGCAUUUGGAACAUGCUUCAAUGCUUGAUAACCUCAGGACGACAAAAAUGAUUGUGUGAGUGAGUUUGUUUGUGAGUGAGAGAGAGAGAGUGUGUGUGUAUUUUUAUUGUCUUUAUACAGUUUGAUACUACAGCCUGCACUGCACAGUGUUGGUUCUGCCCUCUCUGUGUAGACCACACAACCAGACAGCUCAACAACAGCACUUGACGCUGUGUGUCAUAUUUACCCUCCGGUCGUACGUCUCGCUCUCAUGUGUUUUUUUCUGACUGUCACUGUGGCCGUCCCUCCUCAGCUGACCACAGUGACACAGCUCCUCUGGGCUGCGAACGUCUCCCGAGCUUCGCUUCGAUUAAAAAAAUAAAAAAAAAACUGAUUUUAAAUGACUUUAGAGGAGACAUAUGAUCCUUUUUUCACACUUUCUUUCCUUUAGUGUGUUAAAAAGUUUUUUUGUGUAUGUAAAAGUUAGAAUUAAAGAAGCCCAAUAAAAGGCUGCUCCUGAAAGGACUGGUCGAUACCUUCAGGGCCUUGUGACAUCACACGCCCCACAUUUGCGUAAUGCACACGUUGCCGCCCCCCCUUUCAAAACAACGACAAUCAUGAGCGGGAACGUAUUGGGCUUAAAAUGUGUUUGAGACAGAGGCUGAAAAGAGGAGCUGCAGCAAUAGACAAUCUGAUGGAAGUGAAGUGUUUUCUGUGCAUUAGAGCAUUUAAAGAUCUUUCAAGUGAAAUCACAAAAUUAAAAUUAUGAACCAGAACAUCAGCAGAACACGUCUUCUUUAAAGUGCUGUAUAAAGGAGACAUUUUAUGAAAAUCAUCCGACUGAUGGAUGCAGAACGAGCAAAUUCAUGUUUUUAUCCUGUUUCCUGUCGCUUUUCUGUUCUGAAAAACUUCUCCACACGAGUGUCACUGUAUUUUAUGUGCAUACUGUAUAUUUAUUGAUUUACAACAAUCAUCCCAAUGCAGCUGCUCUUAAAAUGACGAGAGUAAGAAGUUGAUGGUGUACAUCAAGAACACAUUGAUUUAUGACAAGAUGCAGAGCAACCAUAUCAUAUUUUUCCAGCCUCGUGGAUUCUUAAUGUGUUUAUUGGUUGAGACCAUUUUUCUCUCGCACCAAGUCAAAGUCAUACUUGAUAACACUGGUGUUUACUGCCCUCUAGUGUUAAUAGAGCAGUAAUGGAAGUGUACCACAGGAUAUGCUGCUCAACUGUGUUCCUCAGUUUGUACUCAUGAAGAAACACGACUGUGCAAAUGGAUUUAUCAUAUUUUGUAAGAUAGAUUUAAAUAAACUAAUCAACAUUAAAAUGUAACA